GAACGUUUGGAUGAAGCAAAUGCUGCAUUAGAUUCAGCAUCAAGACUUACAGAACAGUUAGAUCUAAAGGAAGAACAGAUUGAAGAACUUAGAAAACAAAGUGAGCUCCGACAAGAAAUGUUGGAUGAUACACAAAAGAAAUUGAUGACUUUAGUAAACAGCACAGAAGGAAAAGUGGACAAAGUCCUCAUGAGAAACCUUUUCAUCGGUCAUUUCCACACACCAAAAAAUAAGCGACAUGAAGUGUUACGUUUAAUAGGAAGCAUCCUUGGUAUUAAGAAGGAGGAGAUGGAGCAGUUGUUUAAUGAAGAUCAAGGAGGUGUUGCCAGGUGGAUGACUGGGUGGCUUGGAGGAGGAUCAAAAAGUGUCCCCAACACACCUCUGAGACCAAAUCAGCAACCUAUGCUUAAUAGUUCUUUUUCAGAGCUUUUUGUUAAAUUUCUAGAAAUGGAAUCUCAUCCAUCUGUCCCACCACCAAAGCUUUCUAUUUAUGACAUAAAACCUCUAGAUUCACCAGGAAGGAGAAAACUGGAUACAAAUGCUCCAACAAGUUCUAAAGAGACAGCAGAAGCCAGAGCUGGUAGAAGAGCAGAUGUGAAUCCAUUCUUGGCUCCCCGCUCUGCAGCAGUGCCUCUUAUUAACCCAGCUGGACUUGGACCUGGUGGGCCCGGGCAUCUUCUUUUGAAACCCAUCUCAGAUGUUCUGCCCACAUUUACACCCUUGCCAGUGUCACCUGACAACAGUGCUGGCGUUGUGCUAAAAGACCUGCUAAAGCAAUAGGUGAUUCUGAAGCCAAAGUCUAUCUAGCACUUUAAAGGAACCAUGAACACUAUGCUUAUGUAUUUUAUCACAAAGUGGCCUUUCUGAAGAAGUCAUGUAUUUGUGGUUGUAAUUUCUCUACAUUUAAUAAAAAAAAUUCUUACUCCUUUUAGAAAUUGCAGUUGUCAGAGGAGCAAGUGUUUGCUAUACAAUCUGUUUUUUUCCUUCUUUCAUUUGACCUAAUGUAAGCUAGAAACGAUUUAUCUUAAUUUAUGGAAAUAAAAAGGGAAGACAUAAAUACUGGUACCUGCCUAUAUCAGCUUUUUAUUUCCUUCUCUGAUUUUCAAGCUCAUUUAAGCUAGACACACAGGGUUUAUUUUUUAAAGAUUAUCAAGGGAUUUACAAAGAAAAAAAACUAGUAGUGGCUUCUGUGCAUAGGGUAGAAAAUCAUCUGAAGCAUAUACACAUAUUAAUCAUUUUUAGAGGACUUGGCAUGGACAGACUGAGAGCAGGUCUGUCCCUGAGAGCUCCUAGGUACCCUGAGAUGGAAUGUUUAUUUGGCUCUGUGCAAUUGUGUCAUGUGUAUAGGUGCAUGUGGCCACCACAGUCAAGAUACGGCUCUUCUAUCACAAGGAUCCCUUGAGCAGCCUUUUUCUAACCCUAACCACCCCUCGCUGCCUCCCACCUUCAUCCCUGUUAGACACUGUCACCAUCUCUGUAAUUUUGUUAUAUCAAGAAUGUUGUAUAAAUAGGGUCACACAUUAUGUAACCUCUUGAGAUGGAUGAUUUUACUCAUUACAGUUCCCUUGAGAUCCAUCCAGGUUGUUGCAUGGAUCAAUAGCUUGUUCCUUUUUAUUGUUGAGUACUUGGUAUAGAUAUACCAUCUAGUUUCAAGAGCUGAGGUGUAUGUUUGAAGGUAUCUAAAACUAGGUUUCCUCACACAGAUACAACUUUUAUAUAAUUUACACUGUGCAGCUGCAGCCAUGUAACUGUAGUCAGCAAUAUCAUCAAACCUGCCACCUGCUGCCUCUGUCUGAGGUGUUGCUGCUUAAGGCACAGUGAUCCAGGACUGUGUGUCCCUAUCACAGUGGUCACAGAGGGCAGUGAGAUCACUUCAACAGCACCAGCACCAACACCAUUUGUUUGAACCUUAGGAGUAAGAGAGUAUUUCUUUUAAUUUUUUUAUAAAUGCAUCAUAAAAAAUUCUGACGUAAAGCUUAUCAGGAUGUUCAUAUUUGUAUUUGUUGUUGAAAUUGUACAUUUAAAAGAAAUUUCUUGCAUAUUUUGUAAAUUUAGACAUGCCUUUAAGAUAGAAACAUUUGUACAGCAAGGAAAGGUGAAAAUGAGACUAAUCCAAGUAUAUAAAUAUGCCUGACUCUGGUGAGGACUAAAUUUGGUUGUAAAUUUUACUGUGGUGAAUUGUAUAUUUCCAAUGCAUUAGAAGACUGGGAGUUUGAUUAUGUGUUGAUGGUUUAAACUUUUUUUUUUCUAAAAAAUGAAGUAACUUGAGGUAAUGCUGCUUCACAAUGUCACCUCUCCUUAAGUAACUUAUUUAUUUUGCCACUCUUCAGUAAGUUUAAAGGAAGCUUAUCAUAGAAGUUCAUAUUAAGCUGCUUCCUGCCUGAUUUGCCUGUUGUUAUUUCUCUAUGACAUUACAGAUGCUCCUCAGUUUAUAGCGUGUUAUGUCCCUGUAAACCCAUUGUGAACUGAGAACAUCUUAAAUUGAAAACACAUUUACUACACCUAACCUACCAACCAUCCUAGCUUCUCUACACAGCACGCCACAGAAUACUGGUCAUUUGCAUUCCUGAGUGCUUGGCUCAUUACUGCUGCACAGCAUCCAGAGAGCAUACCAUUCCCAGAAAAAGGUGAAAAUUUAAAAGCAGGACUAGUUUCUGUUGAAUCUGCAUCAGUUUUUGCACCAUGAUUUAAGUGGAAAAAUUCUAAGUCAAACCAUCCUAAGUCGACCACCUGUAUUAAUGUAGAUUUUUAUAUGCUCCUUAAAGGAUAUUUUCACUAACUAUCCUAAAUUAUUUGCUGCUUGCUAUUGACUCAUUUCAGUGUGGAGCAACUGAAAUGCUAGUUUCUAAGCUAAAAAAGAUACAUGGUCCUUCAUUUUGAAGAAAUAAACAUGAAAAAAAGUGUUUUGUUUUGAAAAGGAGAUGCAUGGUAGAUAUUUAAGUAGAACGUAACCAUAUUUGAAAUGCCUUAUGACAUUUUAAGUAUUUCCUUCCUUGACCAAAACAACCUGUCCCCCCUCACCCCAUAGCUUACCCUGAGUUUGAAAGGUGUUGUGGGUGGAUUGUACAUCCAGUAUCACAGAGCAUGAUAUUAUAGGGCUGCUGUUUAAGUAUGUGACCUUGUCUGAAAGCUGUAGUAUCUAAUGUUUUUGUUGCAUCAUUGAAACUAUAGCUCCCUGGUAUGCAUUCUAAGUGUUCGUUGAUCUAAACCAGACAUAACUCAUUGACUUUCUGAAACUAAGUUGUGUGAGAGAUGAGCCAUCUGCUCAAGGAACCUCUUAGUACCCAGACAGUGAUGAAGCAAGGAAUUCUAAUGUUAGCAGUAGGAUACUGCUCACAGCACACUUACUGCAGUAUUUUAACAACAGUGAUUUUUACUGUUUAUUUCUCUAUGAACUUGGUAGAAUUUGUGGUUGGAUGUUGCCUUAGCUUCCACGGUUUUUCACAACAUUCCUCAUGGUUUUCAACUAUAGUUAAAUAUGCUAUCACAGAAAUUUUCAUGUAUCCGUUGAAGUUGAUUUCAAAUCCUGUGGUUUUAUGAGUUUUAGUACUGGGAAUUGAACUUGCUUGUAGCAAGCCUUCAGCCUUUUUUUUUUGCUUUUAGUUAUUUUUCAGAUAGGGUCUUGUACUUUUUGCUCAGACGGGCCUUGACUCAACUCUCAAUCCUCGUACUUGUGCCUCUAAUCUACUGAGAUUAGUAGGUGCACAUCACCAUCAUGCCUGGCCUGCUCUUUGAGAUAUAGUCUCAAUAAGUUUUUUGCCUAGGUUGGCCUUGAACACUGAUCUUCCUGCUUCUGCCUCUCAGGUAGCUGGGAUUACAGUAUGAACCACUACAUCUGGCUGCUAAACAUUCUUGUUUUUCAAAGGAGAAGAAAGAAAAAGUAAACAAACCCAUGAGGAAAAAGAAAUGGCUUUCUUGACACAUUCAGUAUCCCCCAAAUAAAGCCUUUUAUUUCUUGUAACCUUUCAAUGGUUAGUUUCAAUGGGCAGGAAGACUUGAAAAUAUUGAGCCAGUCAAUGAAUGGGCAAAUAAAAAGAGCAAGGUAUGUCUUCAGGGACAGGGCGUGAUGAAAACUAGAAUGCACCAAAUUUAAGCCAUUUGAAUCUGGUUUUAAACUCAUGAAGUUUUUCAUAUACCAACAUGUUUAAAACAUCCUCCAUCAACAAAAGUUUAUCUUUAAUUUCGUAAGUAUCAAGUAAAUUAGGUGGUAUUUAUUUUACGUGUUCCUGUGGGGAAAAUAAUAAUUUUAAUAU